GUAUAUAGGUCAAAGUUCGUUGUUAUACAGUGAAGUCAUUCCGAUUCAGUCUAAUAAUAGUUUGAACAGAAGACGCUUACAAAGUAAUAACGAAUAUUUCACUUACCAAGCGAACAGUUCGUGUAAAAAUUAUUUAGUUGGUAACGUUACAAUGUUUUUUAAACUAUUUAAGCUUAUAAUAUUUUUAGGUGUUAUUGUGACUUGUGAGUGUCUUAAGUUUUCAUCAUUAGAUGUAAUUUAUAAAAAAGGAGUAGAUGCAUAUUCAAAAGAAAGAUGGUCAGAAUGCAUAUUACAAUUUGAAGGAUCAUUACAUUUAUACAAAGUUUACAAAUCAAUUAAUAUAAACUGUAGACUAAAAUGCAAGUCUGAAAAUCUUAGCAAUCAAAUGAAAGAAGAUAUUGAAGAACUUGAGAUAUUUGAAUAUUUUCUUGUUAUGAGGGACUGUCUGUCUCAAUGCCAAAAAGAAGAAUUUGAAAAUGUUCACAUGUACAGCAAUGUUUCUGAUACAGUCUUAAACAAUUUGCAAGCAAGACAACCCUAUGCAUACCUACAUUUAUGUUAUUAUGAAAUGAAUGCCUUGCCAAAGGCUGCCUCAGCUGCUUACACAUAUCAUGUAGCACAUUCUGAUGAUGAUGUUAUGAAAAGAAAUGUAGAAUAUUACAUACAGCAACCUGAAGUUGACGUUAAGGAAGUGAUUGAUCUGGAGAGUGAGGACUAUCAAGUUUUGUAUAAGUUGGGUAAGCAAUCAUAUAAGAAUAAUAACUGGGCGGAUACAAUUGCUAACAUGGAAGAAACUAUAACUGAUUAUCUAACUUGGGAGAAUUCAUGUCGAGCAGAAUGUGAGCAUCAAUCACAACAGGAUUGGUCUCCAGAAUUUGUAAUUAUGGUUGCAAAUAAUAUAUUACCCCUUAUCGCUUGCAGGCAAAAGUGUCAGGAUAAUUUGAAGCCACUGUAUGACUCUGGUGUUGCGUUACUAGCUGAUGUGUUAAAUUAUUUGCAAAUUUCCUACUAUCGCUUAGAUAGGUUUGAUGAUGCUGCAAAAGCAGUGGCUAGCUAUUUAUCAAUAUAUCCAACAGAUGAAGAUAUGGUAGAAAACAAACGUAUCUAUCAAACUCUUGUAAGUGAGAAAAGUUUUGCAGAAAGAUCAGAUAUUGUUUUUUACUUAAAACGUGAUAAGUAUGAAAAAAAAUUAAUGCAAUUUUUUCAUGAAGAGAAUAAUAUUGAUCUUGAUGCCAAUUCAGUAUAGACAUAUGUGAUUUUUGUGAAUAAAAUUCAAAAUAAGUGCUAAGUAAAUGUUGGAUAACUAAUUUUUAAUACUUAAUAUUGGUAAAU